ACCUCGAAGUCAACGGAGUACUCUAUUUAAAAGGUCACCAUCAUCAUCUCCUACCAGCGCCUUUAUGGCAAACAAUAGCUUGAGCUUCCAAAGGUAUUUGCGCUCUUGAUUUUACAUUUUUCUUCAAAGAUUGCGAAUUUGUCCUAAACUUGUGUCUCAGAUGUGUGACACCAAGUUCUCUCAGGCAGGUCAACAGAAACUGAAGCAGAAGCCAUAGGAGCAACCAGAGCUUAAAUACUUUUAUCCACAGCAAGAGAACAGAGUUGACAGAGUGGCAGUUCCCUUCCACAACCAGCAGAGGUCAGCAAUGCUGCACUUGAACGGCACAGAGCUGCAGACUCUCCUGCUAUCCUUCCUACAGCACUGUCUGAAUGGCACAGGUUUACUGGGCCCAGUACUCCCUCAGAACUACACUACCCAGCAGGCCGUUCUCCCAGUGGGCGGAGCUAUACCUAAGGCUCAAGCUCAGGGAUUUGUGUAUAUUCUACUUAUGGUAGGUAUGUUUAGUUUCUUCACGUUUGGUAUCAUGCUGAGCUACAUCCGCUCCAAGAAGCUGGAGAGCUCCCAUGAUCCGUAUCACCAGUACAUUGCUCACGACUGGACCAAAGGACUCACCCUCCCACGGGCUGUCACACAGGCACUGCAUGGGGCAGACACACGUAUUGGAGACAACGGGAAGAACCCCAUGGUCAUCUGCAACCCUGCUGCAUUGGAGCUCCCAGGAUAGGUUGGGAUGGAUAGUGAGGAGUUAAUAGUCUUGAUGUUCUCAAUCAUAAUAUAACAUAUUAUAGUCACGAUGACAAGUGAGAAAGAGAUUGAGUUAGAGUACCUAUUUUAUUAUAAUGCAAUCAUAGGCAGAAUGUACCGCACACCCAUAAUCGAUUAGUGAAGGUGCUGGAGGCAAAAUGCAAAACUGGAAAAAGUCACGCACACUUCCACUCAUAGUAGCUAAGCAUUCGGUCAGUCGACUCUGAUGAAGGUCGACUGACCGAAAGCUUACUUGCCAUUUAAAGAGAUUUUCAUCUGACUGGAAGUGUGUGAAAAAAGGUUUCUGUUUCCCUGUAUUUGAGUUCAGAGCAGUUUCAGUCAACUGCUCAUUCAUAAUGAACAUUGAGUAGGCUAUGCUUUCAUUCCUUCAUUCAGCAAAGAAACAAAUACAUGUAAUUAGAAUCACUUAGCUUAUAAACGUAGAUAAACAGUAUUUCAUUAAAUUGAUUAUUGUAGUCUGAUACCAUUACCAUUGUGUCCUAAGGUCCAGACACUGACACUGUGUAGCAUUAUUGUAAAGCACAGUUGAGUUCCAGUAAGGUGCUAUAGUAGUGGCUUGUACUUGUUUUCUGUGUGUUAUAACACGCUACUGUAAUCAACCUAAUGUAGCAUAAACACUGCAAAUGACAUAACAGACAAAGGAUUCAACACCUCUGUCUUAUCCUCUUCGAAGUGUGUUGACACCUGUGUAAAUGGAUUAUAAAUAAAAGUUUGAUU